CUUCAGUCUUACACAGGUGUACCGGCUCCUCCCCUUCAGUCUUGCACAUGUACUGGCUCCUCCCCUUCAGUCUUGCACAUGCACUGGCUCCUCCCCUUCAGUCUUGCACAUGUACUGGCUCCUCCCCCUCAGGCUAAGACAGGUGCGCAGGCUCCUCCCCUUCAGUCUUGCAUGGGUGUAGCAGUUCCUCCCCUCCAGUCUAGCAUGGGUGUACUGGCUCCUCCCCUUCAGUCUUGUACAGGCGUACCGGCUCCUCCCCUUCCGUCUUGCACAGGUGUCCCGGCUCCUCCCCUUCAGUCUUGCACAGGCGUACUGGCUCCUCCCCUUCAGUCUUGCACAGGUGUAGCGGCUCCUCCCCUUCAGUCUUGCACAGGCGUACUGGCUCCUCCCCUUCAAUCUCACACAGGUGUACCGGCUCCUCCCCUUCAGUCUUGCACAGGUGUCCCGGCUCCUCCCCUUCAGUCUUGCACAGGUGUCCCGGCUCCUCCCCUUCAGUCUUGCACAGGUGUACUG